GUCGAAUUAAUGGAGUAAAGUUAUAGUGAGUCGAGACACGGGAAAGCUAAUAGAUCACAAAACUCUCUCUCCCUCUCUAUUUCUGAGCCAACUUGGUGGCGAUUCAAUGGGACAGCAAUCGUUUAUCUACAGCUUCGUAGCCAGAGGCACUAUGGUUCUGGCCGAGUACACCGAGUUCACUGGUAACUUCCCGUCGAUAGCUGCACAGUGUCUCCAGAAGCUUCCUUCCUCAAGCAACAGCAAGUUCACUUACAACUGCGAUCACCAUACUUUCAACUUCCUCGUUGAAGAUGGCUUCGCAUAUUGUGUUGUGGCAAAAGAUGAACUUAGCAAGCAAAUAUCAAUCGCAUUUCUGGAGCGUGUGAAAGCUGAUUUCAAGAAAAGGUAUGGAGGUGGGAAAGCAAGCACUGCUAUCGCCAAGAGCCUGAACAAGGAGUUCGGGCCUGUGAUGAAAGAACACAUGAGGUAUAUUGUUAACCAUGCAGAGGAGAUUGAAAAGCUAAUAAAAGUCAAGGCUCAAGUUUCAGAAGUUAAAAGCAUAAUGUUGGAGAAUAUUGACAAGGCAAUCGACAGAGGGGAAAAUCUAACGGUUCUUAGUGACAAGACCGAGAAUCUACGCUCUCAGGCGCAGGAGUACAAGAAACAAGGGACACAGGUGAGGAGGAAACUGUGGUACCAGAACAUGAAGAUUAAACUCGCUGUUCUCGGGAUAGUGCUACUACUUGUGCUCAUUAUCUGGCUUUCGGUUUGUCACGGGUUGGAUUGCACAGAUUGAAGACACAACUAACCACUCAGAGUGUGAAGUUAAAAGCCUUUGGCGAUAGAGACAAAAGUGAGACAAAAGUCUCCGGUAGAGGAGGGAAAAGAAAGAGAGAUUAACAGAGAGGGAGAAAACGGUACCAUUAUAUAUUUAUAAGGUUCUGACUUUGGUUGUUGUAAGAUUUUAAAACUUUUAUGUUUUAAGGACCACUCGAAUAUUCUGUUGUUUAAC